CCGGCUUGGGCAUGGCGGAGGUGGACCUGGAGUCGGAUCAGAUCCGACUGAAGUGUAUCCGUAAGGAAGGUUUCUUCACCGUGCCUCCAGAACACAGGCCUGCAAAAGGAAGUGGAUCAGCUAGCUCCCCUCAGUCUGGAAGCCCUUCCCACAUCUCACAGAUGAUUACCCCUGGAUAGCUUUCCUCACUCUGUGAGUCGGUGUUGGAGGCUGGAUCCUCCUGCACAGAGGUGUUUGUGUCCAUGGCUUGUGGCCAUUUGUCACUAGACAGCAGACAUCUGGAACAUGGGGUGGGAGGGAAUAUGUAGGCCAUCUUCAGUGUGCUUCAGUAUUUCAAAGUAAUUCCAGUGGUAUCCGUCCCCAGAUACAUGGUUGCUUUCUGUUUGGUAAGCAAGAUGCAAGUGAUGUCUCAGUGCCAGAUAUGGGUGAGACACCACUUGUGCUGUAGCUUCCAGAUCCCCACACUGGCUGCCUCUCUCUUCCAGCUGGGAAGAUGCCGAAGCGUUAAGGAGUUCGAGAAGCUGAACCGGAUUGGCGAGGGCACCUAUGGCAUUGUGUAUCGAGCCCGGGAUACGCAGACGGAUGAAAUUGUUGCCCUGAAGAAGGUGCGGAUGGACAAAGAGAAAGAUGGCAUCCCCAUCAGCAGCCUGCGUGAAAUCACACUGCUCCUGCGUCUCCGCCAUCCCAACAUUGUGGAGCUGAAGGAGGUGGUUGUGGGCAACCACCUGGAGAGCAUCUUUCUGGUCAUGGGUUACUGUGAACAAGAUCUGGCCAGCCUAUUGGAAAAUAUGCCAACGCCCUUCUCGGAGGCCCAGGUUAAGUGCAUCCUGCUGCAAGUGCUUCGAGGCCUUCAGUACCUGCACCGGAGCUUCAUCAUCCACAGGGACCUGAAGGUGUCCAACUUGCUCAUGACAGAUAAGGGGUGUGUGAAGACAGCCGAUUUCGGCCUGGCUCGGGCCUAUGGUGUUCCAGUAAAGCCAAUGACUCCCAAGGUUGUUACCCUCUGGUACCGAGCCCCAGAGCUGCUGCUUGGAACUACUACCCAGACUACCAGCAUCGACAUGUGGGCUGUUGGCUGCAUCCUGGCAGAGCUGCUGGCCCAUAAGCCCCUUCUCCCUGGCACUUCCGAGAUCCACCAGAUCGACUUGAUCGUACAGCUGUUGGGGACACCGAGUGAGAAUAUCUGGCCGGGUUUCUCCAAGCUGCCCCUGGCCGGCCAGUACAGCCUGAGGAAACAGCCCUACAACAACCUCAAGCACAAGUUCCCGUGGCUCUCAGAGGCCGGACUUCGCCUGCUCAACUUCCUCUUCAUGUAUGACCCUAAGAAAAGGGCAACAGCAGGAGACUGCCUGGAGAGUUCCUACUUCAAGGAGAAGCCCCUACCCUGCGAGCCGGAGCUCAUGCCUACCUUCCCCCACCACCGUAACAAGCGUGCUGCCCCAGCUGCCACUGAGGGGCAGAGCAAACGAUGCCGGCCCUGAAUGAGCCCAGCCCACCCUUCCACAUCCUCAUGGAUCAUCAGCCAACGACUGGGGGGGGGGGCCCUCCAGGCCAACAGGCCCUUGCCUCUUCCAAUUGGCCAGCCUCUUCAGCUGACUCCUCCCUGACAUGGACAGGGAGGUUGCUGACUGGGGUACCCAGGAUAGACCUGUUGUAGCACCAUCUGGUGGCCUAUCUUGUCUAUCAGUGAAGCCUGGCUUCUUGGGGGACAGAGCUGGUGCUGAGAGGCCUAAGGGCCCCAGUCAGUAUGUGUUGGAACUGGAGCUGGGCACCAGCCUGGAAUGAACAGGCCCAGGAGAUCAUAACUGUUCUUGCUUGGCGACUAGGAGCCGCCCAGGACAGAUAAGCUAUAGUGGCCCUGGCAGGGUUGAUGGGGCUUCAGGUGGGAAGGAGGGAGCAGGUGUCAGUUGGGAUAGAAUACUUUGACAACUGUCAGAAUGAAAGCUUUCAGUGGGUGUGGCUGGCACUGGUGCCCAGGGAGAGAAUGGGUGGACUGCUUUUCCCGGGGAGGAGAGAUAAAAAGCUUUUCCAGUAGA